AUGCACUCUACAUUCUCUCAAACUCAACCAACCGGAGUAACUGGUCAACAACAAGGUAUUCUUGGAAAAUUGCAAGGAUUUUGGUACAGAGGAAAGACUCCAAGAUGGCAACCAGAAAACUUUACAGUUUCCAAUGAGGUUUUGCAAAAUAAGGAAACUUACAUUAAUCAAGCAGAACAAGUUUUCUACCAAUACGAUCGUGAUCGUACUGGAUUCUUGGAUAAGAAGGAAUUCAAGAAAGCAGUUCAAGCAUUAGGUUAUGACAAGGUUAAGAGUAAACUGAUUGGAAGAAUGGUUGACAAGGACCAAAAUGGAAGAGUUGGAAUUGAGGAAUUUGUCAAUUCAUUCCUUUACCUUAGAUCUGGAGGACAAAUCCAAAAUAUUCCAGGAAAGAAGCAACAAGGCUUGUAUGGACAGCAACAAGGAUUGACUGGACAACAGCCAAGUAUUGGACAUGGUUAUGGUGUUGGUCAACAACCUGGCUUAACUGGACAAACUUAUGGACAACAAGGAUUUGGCACAGGUCAACAAUCAUAUGGUGGUGGUUUUGGUCAACAAGGUUUUAACCAGCAACAACCAUUGCAACCAAGUAGUAUUGGUCAACAAGGAUUAGGAAGUCAACAACCUGGAGGUAUUGGAUUUGGUCAACAAACUGUUGGUCAAACUUGGACUAGCACAACAACUGGUACAACACCUGGUCAAUCUAAUAUUCCAAAUAUUCCAUCCUCUCAACAAGGAUUUGGAACUUCUGGUCAACAACAAUACCAAGGUGGUUCUUAUCAAAAAUAA